AUGCCGAGGCCCGGCAGCAGGCCGCCCAGCGACCUGCGGGCCCGAGGACUGACGGUGAAGCUAGGGCCGCCCGUCACAUCUCCGCAGUCCCGGCCGCUGGAACCGCAGCUCCCAGCAUCGCGUCCGGGGCCUGAGGGAGCGCCGGACUCCAAAACCGCCGCUCCCGGUCCCUCUGCCGGCGGCGGCCUGGACUCCGCCCUCCGAGGUCCGCGAAACCGCGCAGCCCCGCCCCGCAGCGGACCCGUACGCAGGUGCGAGCCUCAAGGGGCUACGGUGCCCGCCCCACCCCCUGAUCCGGCUGCACCCCACCUCUGGCCCUGCCCCGCCCUCGCGCCGUGCUUUCCCAAGCUCCGCCCCACUUCUGGCCCCGCCCCCUCCACUGACCUUGCUUGGCUGCCUCCUGACUCAGGUUUUUGCUCGGCCCACGCAGUGACGCCAGUCUUGCGGUCGACCUCACCUCUAGCGGUCCCUUGGACUACAUUUGCUGCCUGACGGUGAUCAAACCUGACAGCUCCUUCUCCAGGAUGUGAAAAAGUGUUGCUCUAUCACCCAGGUUGGAGUUCGGUGGCGCUGUCGCAGCUUACUGCAGCCUCCUGGACUCAAGCGAUCCUCUCGCCUCAGGCAUGCAUCUCCAUGCCUAUGAAAUAAUUACAUCUAAGACCACACUGGUCAAAAUAAACUAUCACAUAUUGACCUAACUACACGGCUAAUUUUUAUAUUUUCUUUUUAGAGACGGGGGGGGGAGUAGUCUCACAGGGUAGUCUCAAACUCCUAGGCUCAAGCCAUCCUCCCACCUUGCCCUCCCAAAGUGCUGGAAUUACAGGCGUGAGCCACCGCUCCUGGCCUAUUGGUUUCCUUUGCCAGAAACCAGGUCCUUUGGGGUGUUCAUCUCCCAGAGGCCAUCUCUUCCUCUCUUUUCUUCCUCGACCACGGCCAGCCCUGCCCCUGAGAGCCCUCAGCCUGGAAGCCUUCCGGGCCUGGCCGGCUGUUUAAAGCACUGGAGCUGCCCUUAUCUGGUUGUAGACCUGCAGUUCUCUUAAAUCCUUGUCCGCCCCAACAGCUCAAUUGCAAUAAAUAACAUUUCAGGAGAACUGCUUGAAAAAUAAAAGUUCUUUCGUGUCUGCAGAUCAGUGAUACUCAAAUGGGAAAAGCAGAGGGAAUGCCUGAUUUGUAUGAGCACAUUUCAUUUAAUAAUAUACCUUUAUAUUUAGAAAAUAAUGUCUUUUAAAUAUCAGUCCUUAAAAGAUUUGAUUGGACAAAAAUGUGAGUGCCCAAAAUGUUGAGAAAGACGUCUAAGCGCUGUGCAAUUUCUCUUUGGAUUAAAUGAGAUUAGAAAAGCAAAUACCAGGCUAGGCGCGGUGGCUCACGCUUGUAAUACCAGCUCCUUCCUUCCCCAUCAUUGCCCCCAUUUCUGAGGUGCCCCUUCUAUUUGGAGCUUGAUGACUUUAUGUAAAAAAAAAUGCAGAUUCACCUAGCAUAAUGCCAAUGCAUAGUUGACUGUUCCUCUACCUCCUCUUUUCACAUGUGCAAUGUGGAUUCCAUGAACGCUGAUCAAAGCCUCGCAAGAAUGCAAUCACUUGCCUCUUUCAUCUACUCUCCCCUUUUUCUCUUUCUUCUACUGCCUGCUUGUUCCCCUUUCAAUAUUGAAGGCCCCACAUCCUCUUUGGAAAAAACAUGGAUCAAAGAUAUUCCUGUGAUUUGUGUGUUCUUUUUCCUAGGCACAUCCUCAACAUUGGCAAAAUAAAACUCUGAAUUGACUGAGACUGACUUCAGUCAU